UCGGCAUUGAACCGGAGGGUACGAACAUGGCGGAGGAUCAAGGUGCGCCGGCAGCUUCUCCUCUGGUACGAGUGGGUGCUACGGCCGCUACGGUGGUACCAGGCCUGGCUGUUCCCAGCCCACCACCAGGGCUGCGACCCGCUCAUGUUCGCAAACAUGUGCGCAGAGGGCAGGCGGCCGGACGUCGUGCGAGGGCGGUCGGACAGCCGCAAGAAAGCAGCCGCGACAAACAGCUUCGUGCACAAGAGGAGUACGAGGCUAAACUGGCACGUCUGGACACCCGGCAUGACUACUUGAUAUCGACGGUGGCUGAGCGUAUGGGUGUUCCGGAAGACCCAGUGCGGGAUGCUUUCAUGGAGGGUGACCAGCUGACCCGGAUUGAUGCAUUCUUUGCUGGAGAAGGCCAGCGUUAUCUUCUUGUCAUGGACCAGACUACCUACCGGGCUGAUGCUGUGGAACAGGACACGGAAGGUGGCGGAGAGGUAGGGACCCGUCAAAGCAAAGCACCUCCUGUGAAGCCCAAGCUCCAAGUGUCUGAUGGCAGCGAUAUCACCUAUGCGGGUAGAGGCUAUUUCUUCAUCCGCACAACAAGCAAACCUCUCACCACUAUCAACAUGGCACAGGAGAUUAACUUUGGAACACUGUGCGGCCGUGGGAUUCUCGGCGCCAUCCAAGAGUUGCUGGUUGAAGUAUUCAUUCUGUCAUUGAAGAAUCAGAGUCUUGCUUCCUGGGGUGACUUGGCCAAAAGUGCUGCUCAGCCAGCCAACAAGAGCAGUGGACCUCCAGGUGCACCACGAUCAACGCCGCGCGAUGACUUCCUCUCGAUAAUGGACUCCUUUGUGGCCGUGCUGGGUACGGCGCAGGCGUCCGUGGAUGAUGUCAUCAAGCUUUCGGACAGCUCACCUCAUCAGCUGGUGAACGGUGCUACUCCACUGCAGUACCGUGAACUGGCUAGCUCUGCCGAGGUGGUACAGGCAUUGGAGACGUGCUUGACUAAGUGGUGCGAUGAGAUUAAUCUCAUCCUGACGCAGAAUGAACAGAUGCGACAAGAAGCGGAUGAUGUCGGUCCUAAGGCUGAGCUGGAGCACUGGAAGCAGCGGUUGGCCAAGUUCAACUGUCUUGUUGAUCACAUCAACAGUCCGCAAUGUAGAGUUGUUGUUGGCGUUCUUACUGUUGCGAAAUCCAGAAUGUUGAAGAGAUGGAGAGUCUUGGAUACGACCAUCACUGAACGGAGCAGUGAAGCCAAGGACAAUGUCAAGUUUCUCUACACGUUGGAGAAGUAUUGCGAGCCACUCUACCAGAGCGAUCCAGUAUCCAUGGUAACCUCGAUUCCCGGCCUGAUCAACUCUAUUCGUAUGAUCAACAGUUACUCACGACACUACAAUACACCAGAGAGAAUGACAGCACUGUUUGUGAAGGUGACCAACCAGAUGAUCACGGCUUGCAAGCGCUAUCUGACGCACGAAGGCAUGGAGCGUGUGUGGGACCAAGACUUCAGCAUGAUGUGUGAGAAGAUUGCAGCUUGCCUCAAUCUAAACGACCAGUAUCAGGUCUGUUUCCGUCGCACAAAGGAGAAGUUGCAGCAGAGCAGGAACGACAAGCCGUUUGACUUCAGUGAAAUGUACAUUUUCGGCAAGUUCACCACGUUCGUUAAGCGGCUGAAUCGCGUCAGGGAUGUCAUGACCUCGAUCACCAAGUACUCUGUGCUGGAGAAUUGCCGUAUAGAGCAGAUUGACAGUGAAGGUCUUUGGAAAGCGGUGAACUUGGCUGCUACCAACUUGGUGAAGCGGCCGUAUGAUGUUCUGGAUCACCGCCGCCCUGAGUUCGAUCAGGACUACGACGACUUCAAGGGCAAAAUGGCUGAUCAACACAAUCGACUAUGCCACGUCCUCUCCCAGUCAUUCUCCAUCAUCCAGUCUACACCGCGGUCAUUGCGUCUUCUUGAAAGAUACAGUCGUUUGAAGAUGGAUGACAUCGGCCUGGACGAAGCCUACAAAGCUGUCCUUACUCACUUCGAGAAGGACAUCAUCGCCGUGCAGAAGCUGUACAUGGAGCUGAAGGACGGACCUCCGAUUGACAGAGAUAUGCCUCCGCUGGCAGGUCGCAUUGCAUGGGCUAGACAGCUGCGCCGCCAACUUCAAGAUCCCAUGGAAGUGUUCAAGGAGCGGCCCAUGCUCCUGAAAGGCAUGGACGCCAAGCGAAUGAUCCGCAAAUACAACAGUGUCUGCACGGUGCUGAUGAAGUUUGAAAUCCUUUUCUACAAUGCUUUUGAAGAGAGGGUGUCAUCUCUGCUGAGUAGUCUCCAUGCACCACUGCUGUUGAGAGUUCCAGAGACCGAUAACAUGCUGGUCAACUUGGACAAGAGGAUUCUGGAAGGACUACGUGAAGCCGAUUGCUUGCACAGAGUUCACGGCCUGGAGAUCCCCAAGGCUGCCGUGCGACUGCUGAGCAUGGAUGAAAAGCUGAAAAACACGGCUGAUGAGCUCAAGCGUCUUAUCUCAGAAAGAGAAGCACUCCUGUCACAGAUUCCAGAGGUUCUGCAGCGCAUCUCCCGGCCGCUUGUGGAAAAACUUGACGAGGCAUUCCAGCCGGGGUUGACAUCCAUCAAUUGGACGAGUGUUUUGAUUGAGAAGUUCAUCAGUCAGUGCAACGUUGAGUUGGAGAUCUGUAACCUGCUGUUGGACAGAGCACUGGAAACGGUGCGGUUUAGAAUAGACAAGGUUCUCACGGAUAUGGUGGCCUGUCCGCUUGUCACACUGCCCGAUGAGGAGCCAUGGACAAUCGAAGAGUUCCUGGUCACAACAGAGAAAUGUUGUGUCGAUGGUGCCGUUCUCCUGGAGACCAAGAACAUAUCAGUGGAGACGGCUACUCACGAAUUGACUGACAUCCUGAUGGAAGCAAUGCCGGAAUUUUGGUGUCUAAGCUGUGCACGUCAUACUGCAUACUGCAUAAUGUUAUGA